AUGGUGUACGCGACCAUCGACAUGCUCGUCUUGGACGCCCUACGCCACCUGCAGACCGUGGAGAGGAACAGCACGCUGAGGCAGUACACCUCGUGGAUCUACCACUACAAGAGGUGGGCGGCGAAGAUGUUGAUGCAAAUUCGCAACAAGCUUCAGCAGGAAUACAGGCUUAAGCGCGUCGACGAGAUAGGGCACUACAUCCGGGACAACAAGAAGAAGAACUGGGACCAAGAGGCCGAUGUCCCCCGGUCGCACGUGUGGCUGCACGGCCCUAGGGUCACCCCGUCCCGGCUUCGCGCAUACGUGAAGGACAUGGUUCGGGAGAUGAAGCUCGAUGCCGAGUCCAGCAAGGAGGGCGACAACGCCACAGGAACACAGCCUGUGCAAUCUACAACGGUGCACACGCUCCUCGGGCGCAUAAAGGCAUGCCAGAUGGCGGCGAGAGUGGAGGCGACGAUAUACCGGGAGAAGGAGCUGAGCAUCAUGCGUGAGAUAUCGGUGGUCAGGUCGGAGCGGUUUCUGUUGUUGAAGAUGCUCACGCUACUCUCCCACCAUUCUCUCCUGCGCGGCGCAAGCAUCCGCGAGAUCACGCUCCCCGACAUAUUCUUGUACCGACUGGCGAGCACCUCGUCGGUGAACCCGGAGAACCAGCCGGUCGUCAUGGUCAUCGCUGCGCGGAACUCGAAGACGUCCAAGGAUGCGCGUUUGCAGCAGAGCUACGCUGCGCGGCACCUCGAAGCGGAGUUGUGCGCCGUCGGCGAGACGGGCCUGUGGUUGCACUUCAUCCUCGACCAGAUCGGCCAGUUUCACGGCGUCCGCCUCAUUCCGCCGGUGGACACCAGCACACGCGUGAGCUGGUACAAGAAGCACCUCUUCUUCGCCAGAAACGACACCAACCAAGGGGAGCUCUCUGCGGCAAGCCACCAACGCUGGACGAGGCAGUUGUGGGACAAAAACGGGGUCUUCUGCAAGAGGAACGUGCACGCCGCUCGAGCCGAAGGGGCCCAGGAGCUGGCCAUCGACGGCACGCCGCGCGCCAAGAUCGCGGAGCUGGGACACUGGGCGCUCGACAAGAUGACGCGAGCGUACAUCACCGCCAUUCCGGUGGGGGUGGAAAUCUCUGUCCGCAUGGACACCGACUACUACAACAUAUCCCUCAAGGCGACGCUGACGAAGGAGAUGGAGCGUGCCGCGAACGAGAGGAUUGACUUCCUGGAGGAGCUCGAGAAGCGCGACGACACCAUUGCGUCUCUCACCGCCGAGAUAACCCGUCUCACCGAGGCACUCCGUGUGUCAGAAGCACGGAGAGUGCCGGAGGCCCCGCCGUGCGCUACCGCGCAAUCUCCCAGCGAGGGUGGCUUGGCGGAUUCGACCAACAUGGGAGCCGGCGCCGACGGAGGGGACGACAAACCCCCGCCACCCCCACAGACGGACGAGGAGGCUAGUUACGAGCUCAACGUGGUACAACCGUGGCGGGAGGCCAAGACCGUGAGGGACGCCUGGCGCCUCUGGAACUCCGCCACCGCUAAUGACACCCGUCGGCUUUGCGACAGGAUCGCCGAGCCGCGGUUCAUCGACCGCCACACCCUCCUCGCCGGCGCGACGCAGGGUGCACUCAACAAGAGGGUGCGCCGCAUGCUGAAGGUCAUGGAUGCGGUGCGCCAGCUAUGCGCGAGCGACGGCGAAGCCGACACCGAGGCCUUGGUCGACACACUGCACAGGAUCGCGGCAUCGGGCAUCGGGACCUUCGCCAAUGCCCUCACGGUGCUCAAACCAGGAACGGCACCGAUGUUGUCCAAAGAGGCUGGCAUGGGAGUCAAGGGGCUGGGUCCCAAGGUGGUCUCGAAGCUGCGCCUCGCCUGUGCGCUUGUGGCGCUCAACCUGAAGCAGAGUGAUUGGGUCGAAACCCUGUUUCCAGACACGUGGGAGGAGCAGAUGCCGAAGACCAAGGCCGACCUGGCGAAGCCAAUGGCACCGGCAAAGUCGACAGCACCGGCCAAAUCGACCGCUCCGGUGCACCGUCCUCCGACCAAGAGGAUGAAGUCGGCAUGA